UGCAAAACGAGUUCAAAUCAAAAUUAUCACCAUGGCGUAUGGUAAUGGACACGUUAGAUAUACUAUGGUCAUCAUUUGCAUAGUAUGCUUUUCUCUUCCAAAUGGCAGUGACCUAUCAUUGCUUCGAUUUGAGUCCUUUCGCUCUGAAGUACUUCCAGGAUAUUACAAAUAUAUGAAUUUGGAUUUAACCAACUAUGCGCAUGGUAUGAUGUAUGGUGGCUGUUUUGCGUUCCUGCAAGAGAUACAAAAUUUCGAUGUCACUUUCGAGUGUAUAUUACGCACAAAGGGCAAACGCAGUUUGAAUCUGCUUAAUGCUACCUACAAUGGUUGUACUUUGAUUCAAAGUAUCAAAAAUAUGGAUAAGAAAAAUGUAAUUCGCAAAAUUAUAGCAGGUGUAAAUCAUGCAAAAUUUCCCAAAACAUGUCCCAUGAAGGCGGACACAGAAUUUUGCUUUUCCAAUUUCUCUGCGGAUGGUCUUGAUUUUCCUAUUUAUCUGCCCGAAGUGAAUGCAGAGUUCAACUUUUUUCUUAUUCAAAAGAAAGACACGUUUUACAAAGGUUUCUUUAAGUUAAAGGGAGUAUAAAGCUGGUUUCCGAAUCAGUCAAAAGGUGUUUGCGAAAAUA